GGCUCCUUACCAGCUACUGGAAUGAAGAAAAACCUGGUGAAAUUUAUAAUGGUGCUGGUGGCGGCCGCCCCCACACUGGGGGUGGAGGUGCAGCUGGCAGACGGCAGCCGCCUCCUGGGCGUCACCAGCUUCUCCUCCAGGACCCGGCGGCCUAUCCACGAGUUCCGCGGCGUGCCCUUUGCCAGGGCGCCAGGGGGCUCACACCGCUUCCAGCUGCCACGUCCAGUGGAACCACUGGGAGAGUUCAACGCCAACUGGUUCGGCCCGCUGUGUCCGCAGGCGCUAUCGUCGCGGGAGAUGGAGAUCCCGUGGUUCACGUGGCCGGACGCAGGCACGCUCGCGGCCGUGCGCAACCUCUCUGCCGCCGAAGACCCUGAGGACUGCCUACACCUCAACGUCUACACUCCAAAGGUGGACAGCUCCGCUCGCCUGCCGGUGUUUGUGUUCGUGCACGGAGGCUCCUUCACGGUGGGGUCGUCGCUCGUGGCGCGGCCUGGCUUCCUGCUCGACCACGACAUGAUUAUGGUCGUGCCUGAAUAUCGACUCGGUGCGCUGGGGUUCCUGUUCCUGGAGACAGAGGAUGCUCCAGGCAACCUGGCGCUGUGGGACGUGGUGGAGGCCCUCCGCUGGACGCAGAAGAACGUGGCCGUGUUCGGGGGAGACCCCUCCAGGGUGACGCUGGGCGGCAACAGCGCCGGCGGCGCACUCUCCGAGCUGCUGGCCAUCAGCCCAGUGGCAGACGGACUGUUCGAACAGGUGAUAACGGUGAGCGGCACUGCGCAUGCGCCGUGGUCGCUCGUGGCGGGGCACAGGGCGUCGGCGGCGGCGCGGCGCGUCGCGGCGUUCGCGGGCUGCAACUCCUCCGACGCCGCCCCCGCCGUCGUCGCCUGUCUCCGCAACAGGACGCUCAACAACAUCACCAUAGCCUACCGCCAGCUCUGCGCAGCGGACUCCUCCGAGUGCUCUGCGGCGGCGGCCGCGGUGGUGCAGGGUUCGUGGCUGUCGGUGCCACUGCUGGAGAGGCGACCUGUCGACGCCUGCGAGUCCGGCGCCGGGUACAAGCCGCGGCCCGCGCUGGGCGGCGUCACCAAGCACGACGGCUACUACUUUGCUCGCGAUGUGGAAAAGAUGGGAGCAGAUACGACAACACCAGGCGGCCUUCGUCUCUACCUGGAGUAUUAUUUCCGCAAAGCAUUCAAUGUGGACUACAACCCCGUCAUCUCCAGCGCAAUGCGCGAACUCUUCUUCAAGCCUCAGGGACAAAACAAGACUGCCAACUUGACCAUUAGUCUCACAGACUUCAUUGGUGCUACGCAGUUCAAGGGACCCCUGAUGACGUCAGCGGAUUGCAACACGCUGCACGGCGGCAAGAGCUACCUGUACACCUACAGCCACCGCUCCAGUUUCAGCGUGCCAGCCAUAGAACAUGCGAUGGAUUUGGUGUACCUCUUUCCGAGAUUGGAUUACAAUCUUACGAAAGAAGAGGACAAAGUUUCCCAGAGGAUGGUGCACCUGUUUGCUAAUUUCAUUAUUUAUGGGGACCCAUCAUCCAACAAGAGCAAAGUAGACAACGUCCCCACGUGGAAGUCAUACACGCCGGAGCGACAGGAGUUCCUGCGCAUUGACUGGCCGUUCCGGGCUGAGGAGCAGUUCGAGAAAGAGUUCACCGUGACACUCAGGGAGGGACUGAACGCUGCAGCACUGCGCCUGGCCACUCCUCUGCUCGUGGUCUCGGGGCUGCUGUUGCCGUGGUUACACUGCUUCUAAACAGCGGCCAGACAUUCGCUGAACAGUACUGAUCAGCAACUGAACAGUGACUGAACGCUAACUGAACAGUGGCUGGACACUAAGAGUGGUUGAACAGUAACUGGAAAGUGGCUGAACAGUGUUGGGAAGCGGCUGUAUGGUAUGUGGAUGAUGGCUGAACAGUAACUGAACGGUGGCUAAAUUUUAACUGAACAGCAGCAGGACGUAACUGAACGGUGGCUGAACCUAUGUACUUUUCUGGUAUCGUCAUUCAAAUACUAGCCACAUCGCAUAUCUGAAUUUUGCGAGAGAGACUUCAGAUUGACUAAAGCAGAAUGUAUACAUCAGUGCAUACCAUUUGACAUCCAUGUCACCUUACUUCUGUGAAAGUUAUUAUCGGCCUGUCACAAAAUCCUAGUUUCCUGUCUGACACGUAGUACUUGAUGUAUUGAUUACUCUCAAUAUCCAGAGGUCUCACCCACUCAACCUGU